AUGCAGACCGUGAAGUUGCUUCUGGGAAGGCGAGGUAUCGAAGUUAACGCCACAAACAUGAGAGGCGACACCGUCCUCGAUAUGCUACUGGAUUCACCCUGCCAACAUGGAGAUCUAUUGUUGGGAGAACUGAUUCGGGCAGCAGGUGGAAGAACCGCCGCAGAAGAAGGGAAGACUCAGCCGAAAUCGUCACCGAGUGAUGCCAGAGCCUCUGCCACUGUCGCGUCACACAGAAGCCGACCAAAUCGUUGGAACCCCUUCCGACGCCAGGCUCGACCUUCUAAGGAUGACCGCAGCCCCCGAAAAGUAUGGUCUGAACCUAAAGAAAGGUACAACAACAAACCAGAAACACUAAUGUUGGUGGCGACGUUGAUCGCCACCAUCACAUUCCAAGCUGGGCUGACCCCCCCUGGUGGGUCUAAGCAGAAAGAUGAUGGUGGGCCGACUCCCCCGAAUGCAGAAGUCAAUUUUGAUGGGAGUUCAAGUGAAGGGGAGGCAGUUCUAAAAGAUGGUCUCAAGUUAUUCCUGCUGUUCGACUUGUUCGCGUUGUUUGCAUCCUUGAGCAUCAACCUCUUGUUGAUAUGUUGUGUGCCCACACAGACUAAAAUGGUGACGGGAACCCUAAAGUGGUUUCUAUGGCUGGCGGUGUUCUCGACGCCAUUAGCAUUCUCGACCGCCAUUAUGCGAAUACUUCCCUAUCAGCUCGACACUGUCAUCCUUCUCAUGAGUUGGUUGGGAAUCCUCAGUCUCUUCAUGGUUUGGGUGUGCAUUAGAGCGAUCAGGUGGUUGUUGCGCAAAGGUGGAUGCUGGAAGAAGAAAGAUGGAGAAGGAGGAAGCCACGGAGGCCCCAGAAGGGCCGUUGCCAUCGGCGCGAAGAUUGUGGUGGGCGUCAACCCCCUGGUUUUGUUUAUCACCAGUAUCCAAGACAUGUCUACAAAUUACAAAAAGUCAUUUAUGGACUCCGUCAAGCUCCACGAGCUUGGUAUACUGAACUUGGAUCAUUUCUGA